AUGCCUGCCGCCGGCACCACCUCGUCCACCACCAACGGUCGCUCGGGCCGGGGCGCCGGCUCGAAGAACUCCUCCAAGGGCAAGCUGGUGGUGGUGCUCAAGAUCACACCCGACUCCCUUCGCGCCUUCGUCGCCCCUAAAACAGAAAACAACACCCCCGACAUCAAGGGCUCCUCGCCGGCCUCAUCCUCGGCGGCCGACCUCCCUGCCGCCCGCCCUUCCUCUGCCGACAAUGGCUCCGAUGCCGAUGCCACCUCAACACCGGCCACGGGGGCGAACGCGGAGGGCGACACGCCUCGCCGGAAGGGCAUUCCGGGCCCCAAGCCGGGCAUCAAACGCACCAACGGGCAGACUGAAUCGAGCGCGCGGUCAAGGGGGCGGCCGGGCCCGAAGAAAAAGCCUCGACUGGAGGAAGGAGGCGAAACCUCUGGCCGGACGGGUGCUCCGUCCCGCCUGGGCCCCAAGGCCAACACCGGCGCGAUCAAUGCGCACCUGCGCUCGCUGGACCGCACUGGUGCACCAUGUCGUCGCUGGGAGCGCAAGCCCUUGCAGCUGCGCAGCUUCACCGGCAUCCUCUGGCAACUGCCGUCGUGGCGCAGCUACAAGUCUUCCAAGCUCUCUGAAGACCCCGAGGGCAAGGCGGCCGCGCUGGAGUCGGGCGACAGCGACACUAAGCCCACGCUCGCCACACCGGGCCAGGAGAUGAAUGGUAGCAGUGCGGUGCCCAGUGAAAAGAGCCAUUCGGGGGAUGUCACGCCUGCUCCGUCGAAUCCCGUUGAGGCCUCGUCGCCGGUCAUUGCCAUGGCGGCUUGA